GUGGGAACAGGAAGAAUAUGGCUGCCAAAAGUCGAAGCGGCGGAACUCAGCGCGUACUUCAGAAACUAAACAAGUCCAUGGAAGAUGGUGAAUAUUACGAAGCUCAUCAGUUGAUACGAACGCUAUACUUCAGGUAGGUUUCUUCUUAGUCUUUUAAUUGAUAAAUCGACAGGACUCGAAAAGCGAGCUGAGGAAAACACAAAUGAACUGAGACCGUAGGUGUGCAUGUGAGCCUCGCUGUAAGGCUGUGAUUGAUUGGAAAUAGUCCAUUAAAACCAAAACUAUGUAAAAUAUGUGAAAUAUCCUCAAGGUACCGUGGCGAUUAAAUUUAUAGAAGGGAGAUGAAGUUGUUUUUUCGCCUUGAAAACUUGUAUCGCUUCGUUGUUGUGUAAAAUAACUAUGCCGGUAAAACAAGACUUAUCAAUGUGUAAUAGGUGCUUAGCUAAGCAUAUUCCACUUCGCUGAAACAAAUUGAAUGUAAGAUGUAGUUUUGUUCCAGCGAAUUUUACCUUUAAAAGACAGUACGAGGACAAAGCUUUAAAUUUCGAUUCUGAAUAUGAAAGUUCAGUUUAUGGUAACUUACGAAAUCGUGAUUUCAGUUUCCAUAAAUCAUCAGACCGUGUCAAUAAUUUUUAUAAAUACAACUCAAGCAAUCAAAAAACAUGCAGAUAAUUAUAUAGUUCAACUUUUACUAACAAAUGUUCAUGACAGUUCCAUUGAACAACAAUUUUCCUGAAUACCCUUGGACCCUCUCUGAUAAAAUAUUGUACAUAUAAAGUUUAGGCUGCAAAUUUCCUGCAUGAAGUUGAUAUCUUAGUAGGAUCAAAUCUGAAAGAUCUUGCAGUUUUGUACUUUUUUUAUAUAUUUUGAAUUUUUUAAGAACCACCCCUACCCCUAUCCCUACCCCUAUCCCUGCACAGGUCAAUCCACAGCAAUCCAUUGCAUGGUAUAGCAAAUCAUCCUUAGCUUCCCCUCGCUGUUGGCUAACCCUAGAUCUUGAUGAUUUUGACCUCAUCUCAUCUCAUGUCUCAUCAUGUCCAGCAGUGUGUAAGACCUUCUCAUGGUCUAGCUAAGUGGAUCUAUUUGUAGCUUUUUCUUCCCAGUUCUCCCAUGCAAUACCAGCUCUCUUCAUUUUCCAGCCAAAAAAAAUAAGUGCCAGAUUUAUUAAUGAACAGAUGAUGAGCUAAGCCUUUACUCAAGCCAAAUGGCCUCCCCCAGUGGGAGCGUAUCCUAGUUUCCUCAUCCUGAAGCAACUAGGAGUAUCACUACUGCCCCCUGAAUGGGAUACCACUCCAUUGCAAGGUUACCUCCCAGCAUUUCAUCAGGCUUCGCUGACAAUUCACCAGUACCCAUUUAUUCUCCUAGGUGAAGAGAGGGACUGUGAAAGUAAAGUGUUUAGCAUAAGAAAACAACACAUUGACCUGGUCAGGUCUUGAACCUGAACCUCUUGACCUAGAGUCCAGCAGCCACUUGGCCUCCAAUGAAUAAAUAGACGAAUAAAGAUAAAUAAAUUAUUAUUAAGAUGAAAAUAAUGUCAAAGACUGCUUCUUCAUCAUUUCAUCUGUUCAUCUUCUCUCUAUCUUUGUUCCUAAGUAGCUCCUUCUCAGGGUUAUUUUUAUGAAUGUUUUAAAAGGCUUCUCACAUAACUCCUGCCCUAGCAAUUUCCACAUGUAUUUAAAAACCUUUUUAGCAAGGUUAAUCCUAAUUAAAUAUUUAUGAUCUAUUUUCUAGGUAUAAAUCACAGAAGAGUUAUGAUGAAGCUUUAGAGAUAGUUCAUAACGGGGCAUGCCUACUUCUCAAACACAAACAGGUAAUUUUCUCAAAAAAAAAUUCUCAUUACUGGUUUCUAAAGGUUGACUUUUACCUUGUGAUGUGUCAAAUUCAAUUUCUCUAAUAUUACCUUUUUAGGUAAUCAGUAUUUACAUGGUUAGAUUAAUUUGUGAAUUUAUUCUCAGCAGUAGUUGCUCUAUUUGUAUGUGGAAAGCAUUUUUACUGUAACAGGAUACAUUUAUACAAGAUACUUACUAACUCUCUUUUAUUUCUUAAUGCAUCCAGGAAAGGAGUGGUACUGAUUUAGCCUUGCUCAUGUUGGAGUGUUUCCGUACUGCAAAGGUACCUGUUGGAGAAGAUGCCUUGGGUAAAAUUAAAAGUUUGUUUGAACUUUAUGAACAUGGUUCACCAGAUAGACAGGAAUUUGUGACAGAGGCAAUAAAGUAAGUAGAAAUCAACGGCUAUAUUUAUGGUAAUCAGAAGUUUUGGUUUUAAUCCUGUGACUGAUCUGAUUUUUAUUAAAAGUAUCAGAAUGUUACAUAAAAUUGAUAUCAUAGAAAACACAAAAUACAUUAGUUUGAAAUUAUUUGAAACUGAAAUCCAUUUUAAACUGGAAGAUAUGGUCAAACCUUGAUUAUCUGGACCUUGACUAUCCAGAGUUUUCAACUACCUGCAUCAACUCCUCUAGUUCCAAUUUUUAUGAAUACUAAUAACCUCUAGUCACAUUUCAGAUCAGAAGCAAUUUUUUCCUACAAACAAAGUGUAUAAAAUGAAAUUCCUGUUGGAACUGAAUUUGUUCCACUUUCGUCACCCAGUAAAUGUUUUAGGAAUUGUUAAACAUAGUUGGAGGGACAAAACAACAUUGAUGCUAUUCCAUUGUCCUAACUAUUUAGCCCAAUCCUCAGAAGUUGGGAUAAUCAAAAUCUGACUGUAUUUCUUUCUUUUUAAAAUGUUUUCAUUAAACAAUGGCAUAUCAUUAUGGAGGUUAGACAGGAUUAAUAGAGAGUUUUGAAGUGAAUGGCUUACUUGAUAAAGUAAGAGGCAAAUACCAGGAAGGGAUCAAAAGGAGAGUCUCAGGCAGUCAAAAUAUCUGUGCGACUUGCAACAUCACUAGGUCUUUUAAAUGUACCAGCUAAAUGGUGGCAGAAAUGCAUAUGGUGCUUGCUGUUUUGAAUCAUUCCACUGCUGCUUCAAAUUUUGUUGUUAAUCCUUUAAUUCCCAGAAAUGAUUAAUGUGAAACUUCUCCCUAUAAUAUCCAUACAUUAUCCUGCAAACAGGUAUUGAGAGAACUACAAAUUAUCAGUUAGAAGUUAUUCUCUUGAUCUAACACUAAAUUCUUGUAAUUGAUUUACAAGGAAAUGAGUAGCAGCUCGAGGGGAGAAUGAACAAAUCAGAUCUUGGGAGUUAAAGGGUCAAUCCUUGAAGCUAAUUACCGUAAGAUAAUGUAAAGUUUUACUCAGUUUAUUUCUUUGCUAACAUUACUUUUGUUUUUGUUCUCAGAUGGACAUCUGACACAGAUCCAUCCCUCAAGUAUGGACAUCCUGAGUUACACCUUAUGUGUGCACUUAGUCUUUGGAAAGGUGGGUUUGAUUUGAAAUUAUCAGGUUUUGCAGUAAACAUGUGUAAUGGACAUGGAGUAGUAGGAGAGGGUGUGGUGGCACUGGGCCCAGUUGUAUAAAGGGCAGAUAGCACCAUCCGACAGAUAAAUCUCUAUCCAGCAAAAUACAUAAUGUUAUCUACAGGAAAGAGAUUUAUCCGGUGGAUAGAGUUCUCCAACCUUCAGAAAACCAAGGCCUCAUUUUUUAUUUAAAUAUUGUCAAAUAUGUUAGCUAUUUAGCUACUCUGUAAAUUCAAGAUUAAAUGAAGUCAUGUUUAUGUUGUUUUUGUUUUUGUAUGGUAAGUUUAGAUCACCUGCCUAGAUGUGGUAUCAACCCUAAAUUUCCUAUGUUCUGAUUUCUUAUCCUUUAUUAUCAAUAAUAUAACCAAAUAACAAUCCUGUUGCUCUGGGAAAUAGUCUAGUGCAAGCCUGAUAGGUUUUCCUGUUAUUUCUUUCUUUUAAAAGGAGACAUUUAGAACUGUCUGUGCUUAAUAUUGCCUUUUCCUUACUUUUAACAGAGAAAAACUUUGGUGAUUCACAAUACCACUUUCUGUUUACCUCUGAUGGACAACAAUGUGCAGCAAUGCUGGUGGAAAGUGCUACAACACUGGGCUUUCCUGGAGAGUCGGACUUAUUUGUCACACAAGCAGUAUUACAGUAUGUUUCAAUACUUCUACCUAAACCAUGUCUAGAAUCCAAAAAUCGUAAUUUAUCAGAACUGUCAAUAAGAGCCAGUAGCCAAAUGAAUUGGCUAGUCUGUCAUCUUUAGACAGUUACUAUAACCUCAUUUUACUAUAAGUACUGAUGAAAAAUUGUGCAAUUAUUGAAGUGACAUAAAAGAAAUUUAGAACAGCAGCAAUUUCCCGGUUUUUAGUGAAAUAGCAUGCACAAUAUUCCAGGAACAGAUUUAAACAUGUGAAUCAAUUCCAACUUAAGAAUUUGUGACCCUCCACAGGAAAACGGACACUAACGCUUUUCCGUUAAACGGUCUCGAAAAACGGUUGAAAACGGAUUAAAAAUCAUUUUUUAUCCGUUUAAACGGAUGCCAUAACCGCUUAAACGGAUGGCAAAAAAUUUAAACGGUUGACCAAAGUCCAAAAACGGAUAGCUUAGGCCUUCAAACGGUUGACCAAAAAAAAAACGGAUAGCACGAAAUGUUAAACGGUUGACCAAAGUUCAAAAACGGAUGGCUCACACUGUUAAACGGUUGACCAAAAAUAAAAACGGUCAGCCCGAAACGUUAAACAGUUGACCAAAGUCCAAAAACGGAUAGCUUAAACCGAGAAACGGUUGACCAAAAUCGACAAACGAUGAGCUUAAAAUUAAUGUUUAACGGCUGUGGUUGAGCCGGCGAGAUCUUCUGUGGAAAAGCUUUCAUAGUGACAACGGAUAAUUAUCCUUUAAAGAGAAAAUAUUGAGCAUGAUAAUUUGAAAAGUAAUAACUAGCAUAUACUUGCGCAUUUUAUGUCUGGGUUAAUUACUUCUGCUUUCAUGUGACGUUCAUUAAAUAAGCGCAAUUUACUGAGAAUAGUUUCACUGCCGAAUAUCCUGAACGGCUUCCGCGAGAAACUCAUAAUCUUCUCGUUUGUUUAUUCUUAUUAGUAUUGAAAAUGAACUUCAUUUUUUCCUGUUCGGAAGUUUCGCGAAACAAAUUUGCAUAUGCAAUGCCGCCACCUUGUCUGAAGCCGAGACGUUUCAAGGUCAAAUAACGCAAUAAAGUUCCAUUGCAAAUAAAAGGUCGAAUUGGUGUCACGCACCAAGCGGGGCCGUUAAAAUGAUUGUCAAUAAAACCAAGAUGAAUCAAGAUGAUAUAAACAGAAAGAGAGUAGCCGAUUUAACUUGUUUGUCAAAGGAUGCGACGGAAACUCGCUUACUAUGAUCACACAAAAGAUAAAACCAAAAUAAGAUACGGUCUUUCUGUAUUUCAAGAACUGGCGAGUAUCGAGCGAAUGUAAGAUUGAUACUUCGAACUGCCUAUAACAGAAUGAUAGGCAAACAGUCCAAAGCUUUCCAUGGAACUUUAAACGGGUAGCUUUUUUUUUAAAAACGGGUAAGCAAACCAUUUAAAUGUUUUUAAAUGUUUUUGCGGGAAUUUUUUUAAACGGAUGCAAAUUUUUUUUAAACGGAUGAGGAUGCUUAAACGUUUUUUAAAAAGCAUAAACGGAUGCAAAUUUUUUAAACGGAUGAGCAAACCGCUUAAACGUUUUGGCAAAAGCGUUAAACGGAUGCAAAAUUUUUUAAACGGAUGAGCAAACCUUAAACGUUUUUAAACGUUAAACGGAUGAAUUUUUUUAAACGGAUAUAAACGGAUAGUUUAAACGGAUAUAAAUGGAUAGUAAACGGUUUUGCAGCUUAAACGGAAAAGCUUUAGUGUCCGUUUUCCCGUGGAGGGUCACAUUUUCUUGAAGUUUCAUGCAAACUUUGUGGAAUGCUUGGGACAUUUUAUCUGAGUAGUUCUAAGCAGUCUGGCAGGCAAUCUGAUGAGACAAUAAAGCAUCCAAGACAACCAAGCCACCUGCCAUUUUUUUGUUUGCUCUAUAAUUUCAAACUUGUUGAGAGCCUUGUGAUGUAUCCUAAGUUUCUUGAUUUUAGUGGGUAGGGAUAAAGGUAGACUUUCAUUGCCCUCAGUGUUUGAUAAAAUGGAAGAUACUUUUUAAAAGAGCAGUCUUCUGAUCUCCUACAGAUGGGUAGCUUUUGAAAGGGCUGUUGCCACUGACUGAAGUACUCACACGUUAUCAUUUUGACAGAAUGUGUUAUACAUAAUUAUGAACACCAGGCCUGUGGCAAAUUUUAUCACCACCUUAGAUAAUACAUGAACCCUGAAGAUCACAAAGACAGUAGACACUUAAAUCAAAGGUGGAAAUAGCUUCCAUUACUAUAUACCACACAAAUGAAUAGUGCUUUUGGCAGGCGCUGAUCGGCUGGUUUGGAAGUGAUUAGAAUGUACUAUAUACAUGUACCUCUGAGCACCUAAGGAGAAAAAAUGUGUGUCAACAAUAUAAUUUCUGACCAUUUUUCUGGUGUAUUGACAGAAAGAAACUAGUUGCUUUUGGUUUCUGUGUGGUAUAUACUAAAAUAAUUGUUUACCUCAGUGUUGGUGAAAGUGGUGGAUUUUUACUGAGUUAUGAAAUGACAAGGAAAAUGUCUACCAUUUGUCACCUCCAUCUUAGUGAAUAAUUGUUAACAACUCACAAACCUUUAAUAAGAAAGGAGUCCAAUGGCCACCUUCCUUUAUGAGACAAAACUUUUUGUAUUUAAUUCAAGAUUGGCAGUAGGAUGAAAUUCUAGUUCCUGAGGACUUUUAUUAUCACAUGUUAUGGGGUAAUGAAUAGUUCUGACAUUGCUAUUUGUCCCUGUUAGUUAUUUAUUCACUAUAUUGUGUUCUUUAAUUUUUUCCAGAUUUCUUUGUUUACAGAACCCUUGUACAGCUAAUCUAGUGUUCUUUAAAUAUACUGCACAACAUCCAGAUUUUUCAGGGAUUGGUCCUCCAUACCAAAAGCCUCUUCUGAAUUUUGUCUGGUUUUUGCUUCUAGUUAUAGAAAGGUUUGCUUUUAAAUACCUUUAAAGUUUGAAAAAGUUUUCAUGUCUGAACCAUAUUAAUGGUUUUCUUAGUCAUUUAAUUAUGUAUUGUAAGUAGUGCAAGUUAAUGUAGUGUAAGCAUCGUGUAAGAAGUAAGUAUGGUGUAAGUACAUAUGUAAGUAUAAUAUAUAGGAAAAAAAAUUUUUAAAAAAUUUAAUUAUUUUGAUAAACCAGGCACAAACUAAUGUUUGAUUCUAAAAGAGCUUCUCUCAUUUUAUGAAAAUAUAAAUUUUAAAAAAAAUUACACCUUUAAUUUCAUAAUUCUGGAGUUCAUAGUUUAUUGCUGGAUAAUUUAUCCUAAUGUUUGAUUUCAGAAGAGCUUUCCUCAUUUUAUGGGAAAGAAAAUGAUAUUAAACUUUAGCUCCAUGGUUUUGAAGUUCACAGUUCAUUACUGGAUAAUCCCCCCUUCCAGUUUGCUAUGAACCCAUUUAGUCCCAAGAUCUCAAAAGUAAGUCUCCUUACCAUCCACAAUAAAUUUCCUGUUAUGUUGUUUUUGAGAAUUUGGUCUUAAAAUGGGUAACAUUCCCUUGUUGAUUUUUUUCUUCACUCUUAUAACCAAUCUGCUUGAAAGAGUAUUGAUUUGGUAAGGGGAAAUUACUUCUCUACCACUCCAUGGAUUGGAAGGGUUAAACUUUGGUUUUGCUUUUUUUCAAUGUAAAUUCAAUAAAAGUAAGUUCAGAAUGAAAUAUAGUUAAGAAAAAAAGAGAACUGUAAGAUAUGAACAAAUUUGCUUCCUCUAAAAAAUUUAAACUUGUUUUUCUUUCUGGUUGUGUAGGAGAGGAACUCUAAAUCAGUUUACAGUGCUAUGUGAAAAAUAUCAACCUUCCAUUGAAAGAGAUCCAGUAUAUAAAGAGGUUAGUAACUUAAAUAAAGUUAAAGUUUAUCUAAUCCUGCAUUCAUAAUAUUAGUAUGAAUUUAAGUAAUUUAUGGCUCUGUUUAUUGCACAGUAUUUAGAUAGAAUUGGACAACUUUUCUUUGGACUUCCACCAAAGCCCUCCAACAAAGGAAUGAUGGGGGGCAUUUUAGGUGAGUGUUUCGUCGUUAUUGCUUAUUUUACUCUAAUCUGAAGUUUACACUCUCCAACAGCAAUACAGCUCCCAAUGAGAACAGAAACUUACCUUUAAAAUUGGUGUCAUAGCUUCCCAAUGUUUGAUUUGAUUAACCAAUGCUUACAUAGUCAUGGUAGUGCCUUGUUUUUACUUCAGGUGACUUAAUGCAGUCUUUGAUGGGUCCUGGUGAAGGGAAUAGUGGUGCAUCAACUUCAACUGCAAUGAGCAUUGCCUCUGAGGAGGUGGACUGAUGCAAACCAUUUACAAUUUGUACAAUCAGAAAUUUUUAUACCUAGGAUGAAAAAGAGAAACAAACGGAUGGUUUCAGCUCAAGAUGCUGGUUUACCCUUCUGGACAAGAACACAAUUAUCCAGAACCCACUGGAGGUGUAGGCUACUAAAUUGCACUGCUACACAUCAGUGCCAUGCCCAUUAAUACAAACAUCCAAGAGGAUUGGACAAAUAAGCAAGGGUUAUUUACAACUUUAAUGGGUUUAUCAGAUCAUGAUGGGAAAGUCUUUAGCUUUUCGAUCAAUGUAUAAAGUUACCUCAGCUGAGCUUUUGCAAUAGCAGCUGGGCUAACCAAUCUAGAAGGUUUUUCCAGCUGGAAGUCCUCCAGUUUACAUGAACUUGGCAAGGAGCAAAACAGUUUUUGCAACAAUUUAUUUUGAGGCAAGAGUGUUGAGACUAAUAUAUAAGAUGAUCGUCUUUGAGUACCCUAAAACAUUAGAGAGGCAUGAAGAAGCUGAUGGUGAACAAGAACUAUUAUGGAAAGAGAAGGUUUACACAUGUUGCAGAUAGCACAGAUGUUCAAACUGAGAUGCAGUUUGGCCAAUCAAAAAUAGACAAGUGCAAAUACCCAAAAAAGCCUUUGGGUCUGUACCAUAGCAUAUGCAUCCAUCCAGUUUUAUUUUACAACUCUUCUGAUUAAAUUGUAGCCAGUUUCUUCAAUAAUUUUUGGUUGAGAUGUUUGUUGCAGCCUCUUUUGCAAACUCUUCUGAUACUGUUUGUCUGCAAAGGAGGUCUUUCUUAUUUCUUUCACUGAAACAUGAACUCAACAAUCUUGUAGGGAGACAUAAUUAUUAAAGAGAGCUUUAAAUUAGCUUUUAUUUUAAAAAGAGUAGUAAACUGGAAAUUUACAUUUGUGAAACAUAAUAAAUUUUGUUGUCACUCAGAACUGUCUGGCCAGAUUUGGUAGUUUCAUAAUUUUAAACCCUGUGACAACAAGGUUUUUUCUUAUCUAGAAAAAAAAAACUGGAAAAAGGGCCCACCAUAUUCAGUUUAAAAACCUGCCAGAUGUUAUGAUCUUAGUGAAGAGAACCUUUAUACUACACAAGUUCUUUAGGAACAAAUCAUGUACAUAUGAUACUAAAACAAAUCUGUUUUUCACCUAGUGCAUUCCCCCCCCCUUUUUUUUGCUAAUUUCAUCAACUUCAAGAAGGUGUCUAAUCUAGCCAAAAUGGGAUGAUUUGCCUGUCUAAGUAGUAUCUUUAAAAAAAAAUUACAGCCAUUUGGUUCAAUAAGUUUAGUGAUUGUUUAACCCUUUAACUCCUUAGAUCUCAUUAGUAAUUCUCCCUACUGUCUGCUAUACAGUUCUUGUGAUGUUAGUUUGGAGAAUUUGGUAUUGGAUCAACUAAUAAUCUUAUUGUUAUUUUUCUUUAUUCUUGUCACUUGUCUGCUUGAUAUUGUAUUGAUAUUGUAAGGAGAAAUUCUGUCUUGGUCACUCAUGGGGGUUAAAGGGUUAAUGAAAUUGUUCAUUAAGGCAUGAAAGCUGCGAACUGGAUGCCUAUUAGUACAUUACCUUUAUUCAUAACUGUCUUGCUGAUGAAAAGGACUGUGAUGCGUGUUAGGACUGAAUUGAAAAAGGUCUCAUAUUUGAGAGACCUAGACCGUUACUUGUCUCCUUCAAAAUCCCUUCUGUCAAAGGUGUAUGGAUGGUGGAAUGAAUUCACUGGAAUCAGGGGCAUAUCUCCCUCGUUAAGAUUCUUUUCUUUGUAAAGGAGAGGGGAACUUCAACCUCCUGCUGGUCCGUUCUCCCAGGGAUCAUUAAUGAAAACUGCAUUUUAUAAUCAAAACAAAAUAUGGUCUAUUAUGACCCAUGGAUGAAAUACCUCGCAGGUGAGUUGCAAGAAACUGCUGUUAAGAUCCAAAGAAAAAAUGGUAGUAAGGCUCAACUACUGAGGAUCUGGGAGGCUUGGGUUGGAAUCCCAUUGAAGCCUGUACCUUGUCUGUGAGUCAAAAUUCUACUGACAAAAUGGGUAUGGAGUUUCAUGGAUUAUUUCUUUGAGUUUAGAUCAAUUCUGGGCCCCCUAAUUUCAAAAUUCCUUUCCAUAGGCAUUCAAAAGAAUUUUCUUCGGUUUCCCACAACGUUUCAGAUUAGAACUGAGACAUUUUUUAAAAUUCAAUUUUACUUUUAAAGUUUGAAUAAAGCUGUUUGCAAAAAAGGCUUGCCAUCUAAAUUCCUGUGCAAGUUCUUCCUCUUACAGACACCUCUUUUUCUACCCCACUCCCCCCUCCAAGCUUAAAAUAAACCCGCAGGUCUCCUAUCCCAUAAUAGGUCCACUAUAAAAAGCCUUGAGGGCCCUUAAGCAGCCUUCUUAGUCGUACAAAGACAUCACGUAAGUCUGAGGGAGAGUGUGUCAUAAAAUCCUAUUCCAUCAGUGGCUUUGUGGUCGUCAUCAACAGGCUUCCCGUUCGAUCGAGGAUCUUUAAUCACUUUUGAGUUCCUUUAAGUAGUUUUUCUUUCAGUCCUAGAACGAUUUAGCCAUUAAAAAUGAUACGCAUUGCAACCAUCUUCCACACCAAUUUCUUCUACCAUUUAAUAUUUCUAAACUAAUAUGAAACACAAUAAGCAUCUGAACAAUUUAACAGUAUGUUGUUGGAGCGGUCAAACUACGACUCAUAGCAGUGCAUAACUUUAUAGUGUUUUCAAUUGUUCGGAUUGAGAAGUUACGUUGAAAUCAUGUGAUUUUUUCCUCUGUAGCAAAUGGCGGAUGCAGAACCAGCCGGUGGUGCUCGCGGAGGUUUUCGUGGUGGAUUCGGUGGCCGUGGUCGCGGACGAGGCCGUGGUCGUGGCCGAGGAAGGGGUCGUGGAAGGGGUAAAGCCGAAGAUAAGGAGGUAAGGAAAAUUUGUUACUGUCUCAUCAAAUUAAAAUCCCUUCUCAGUCCCCUUUGCUCUCCUAAUGCCCUCCUUGAACUGAGUUUGUAAUGGUAACAGGACCGAGUGGAAUCCAAUUCAUUUUACAAUCAUAGGAGUGUCAAGAUAUGAUAGCACACCGAUUGGACAACUUGAAGUCUUGUUACAAAUUAAUCAGAACUGUGACAAAGUUUUAGUAACAAAUUAGCCAUUGGUUAUGUUUUUAUGAAAUUGAUUAUGAAAAAAAACAGUUAACUCAGCCAAAUGCACAGCAACAGUGUGAACACAUGACACGUGCCAUGGGUAUAGUACCAUGUCUUAUGACAUCUUAUAACAAGCGUGACAUUAUUCUGUCCUAUUAGUGCUCAAAUCAAGCUGAUGGUUACCAAUCAUGUUUGAGAAGUUUGUCACAGUUUUGAUCAAACCAGAAUGGACAAUAGGCAGUAUAGAGCCUUUCAAAUGAGUGUAAGCAAACCAGCCAAACCAAUCACAACUGCUUAAAUCAGUAAAAAAGCUUAGUAAUUCAAGGAGAUAGUGAGAACUCUAAGUGAGUAAAGAGGAUUACAUCUGUAAUACAGGCCAAGUCACAAUUAGUUGUAGAUUUUCAGCUUUCUCAGUAUAUAUCAGAGUACUUUAACUCCCUAGAUCUCUAAAUGAUUCUCCUUACUGUCUGCCAUACAAUUCUUAAGAUGUAAGUUUAGAGAAUUUGGUAUCGGAUCAACUAAUAAUCCCCUAAUUGUAAUUUUUCUUUAUUCUCAUCACUUGUCUGCUUGAUAUUUUAUUGAUAUUGUAAGGGGAAAUUCUGUCUUGGUCACUCAUGGGAGUUAAAGGGUUAAAGCAACCUACAGUAAUCUUGGAUAAUUGUAAUGUUCUCCUGAGAUUUACCAUUUACAUAUCUCAUUAUGUGCUAGCAAGAUGCAAAGCCUUUUUUGAUAGAAUUAAAUCUCUUGGCAAUUAAGACAUUUGGAAUUUUUGGUAAGGUUUGUUUUACAGACCAGAAUCUCUACAAAAUUUAUCUUAAGGCAUUCAAGGACUUACCACCUUUUGUUGAACAGUCAAUUAGAGUCAUAGUACUCGCAGUUGAAGUUAUCAUGAUGAAACUAAAGUUGUAUCUUUAAAAAUGUUGCAUCUCUUCUUUUUCAGUGGGUGCCUGUAACCAAGCUAGGCCGCUUGGUCAAAGACAUGAAGAUCAAAACUUUAGAGCAGAUCUAUCUCUUCUCUCUUCCAAUUAAGGUAAUGAGAAAUACAUCUGAAUGGAUCUGUUCUCUUAUUGCAUGUUUGUGAAUGACAAAGCCAUUUGAAUUGUAAUAACGCAAUGAAAUUUAGGUAUGUGAGACUUUGUAAUUAACAAAUUACUGGCUGGAGUAUGGUUAAAUUUCUGCAGAAAUGUACGAGACUCUGAUACAAAUAGCACCACCUAUUGUUACACCAAUUUUGAUUUUGUUUUGAAGUCCAUAGAUAUUAAAUGUCAGCUUUUGAGCAGACUUAAAAAAGUAAGAUUUGCCAAUUUUGCAACAUCUGUACCUAUUGUAAUAAUUUGUCACCUUGUAACACAACAACCUCCCUGGAAGACCUGAUUGAUUAAGUACGUUUUCUUACAGAAACCCUCUACUUGGUUUUAAAUUUACCCUCUUAAUUUUUCAGGAACAUGAGAUUAUUGAUUUCUUUCUUGGUUCUCACCUGAAAGACGAGGUUCUGAAAAUCAUGCCAGUACAAAAACAGACAAGAGCUGGUCAGCGUACACGUUUCAAGGCUUUUGUUGCCAUUGGUGACAGCAGUGGACAUGUUGGUCUUGGUGUAAAGUGCUCAAAGGAGGUAGCCACAGCUAUUCGUGGUGCAAUUAUUCUUGCCAAGCUAUCUGUCAUUCCUGUACGUCGUGGCUACUGGGGUAACAAGAUCGGUCAGCCUCAUACUGUACCUUGCAAGGUUUGUGUUUCUUUUCUACAUUUCAAACUGCUCUCGAAAACCAUAGUUUGUGACUUGAUACCAAACAAAGAAAACUGUGCCAUUGCUUGUUUAAAUUCUCAGCUCCUACAAUCCAAUUUUAAAGAUAACUGUGGCCUGUUUCUUCAAAUUCCUGGCUGUUCCUCCUCCAUCAAAGUUGUCUUUUGUCUACUAUGUUUACAUUCAAGAUUGAGAGUUAAAUAGAUCAAAAUUCAAACUGUAGAAAAUAUCUGGAAACAAAACAUAAUAGACCAUGUUAAGAGUAAAGACCCUUCCUUUUCUGUAGAUAUACAUCCUAAAAUAUAUGUAUGGCUUUCAGGUCCAUUUAGUUAACAGAAUAUUUGCUGGGGGCAUUAGGUCACUUCCUGAAAAACAUCCAGCAUCUUAACCCAGCUGCCAUUUGCUUCAACUACAUGUAGCUGGAUGGAUGAUUUCACUUAGAGGAAGUUCUAUUCAGAGUGCAUUUCAACAAAGGAUUAUACAACCAAACAGUGAUAAAACACCAUGGCCAAUGGCCAAUCAGAACUUGAAAUAAACACAAGCAAACUACAUGAAAUUAUUAUUGGUUGUAGUUUUGCAUUCAGUUGUUUGGAAGGAUGAUACAAACUUUUAGACAAGGCAUAGAGCAAAGUAAAGAAAAACCAAUGCAAUAUUGGAAAUUACUCUCCGUACUUGUUUCAAACAUUGGUUUAAUAUUCAUCGACAUUUUCAUUAAAGGUGACAGGAAAAUGUGGUUCAGUACGAGUACGUCUUAUUCCGGCACCAAGGGGAACUGGUAUUGUGUCUGCUCCUGUCCCCAAGAAACUGCUUCAGAUGGCUGGUAUCGAGGAUUGUUAUACCUCAGCACGAGGACAGACUGCCACUUUGGGAAAUUUUGGUAUUUGAUUUUGAAUUUAAGCAAAAGCUGUAUAUGAAAUGUCUGUUUAAGAAGCAUUCUUGUGGUUAAUUUGUGUCAGUCAUUCUCUGAGUUAGAUGUGAUGCCUGGGCCGAAACAAAAAUUAAUAGUAUCAUCAUUGGGACAGAUAGGGCUGUUAAAUUUCUAGUUUCAUGGUUUUGUCCAAAUCAAGAUGCUUAGUUUUAAGGAAAAUGAUGAUCCUAAAGUCCUCUUGAGUGGAAAAUUUUCCAGAUAGUACUAACCUAACAAGGCAUGGUUUUGUCCAAAUCAAGAUGCUUAGUUUUAAGGAAAAUGAUGAUCCUAAAGUCCUCUUGAGUGGAAAAUUUUCCAGAUAGUACUAACCUAACAAGGCAUUGUAACGUUUACAACACUAGAGAAGUUCUACUCAACUAUUUUAACCAGUACAGAUUAAAGGGUGCAGGAAUGUGUUUAAGCAACAUGAUUUUCUCCCUUUUCAGCCAAGGCUACAUUUGCCGCCAUCUCCAAGACCUUCUGUUACCUGACCCCAGACAUGUGGAAGGACACUGUGUUUACCAAGGCACCAUACCAGGAAUUCACAGACUUCCUGGCAAAGAAUCACACAGGACAGAGAGCUGUUGCCAAGGAUCAAGCCAUGAAACAAUAG